UUGUCUGCGAGCCACAUGUGACCAUCAAAAGAGCCAUAUAUGGCUCGCGAGCCAUAGGUUCCCGACCCCUGUUUUAGAGGAACCUAAAGUGAGGAAGACUCUCCAACACCGGAUCCUUUUGAUCUUUGACCAUCAACGUAUCAAAGCAGCUUUUUUGCUUUCUUUAGCUGGAAAGACUGAACUUUAACCUUUCCACUCAAGAACAGAAGACAAAGAUCAGUCGGAUUCAGGACUUUGCUCAAACUUCCAGGCGUGUCUUGUUUGCCAGCUCGUCAAGUUGCUGUAGCAGCUCUGAUUUCUUUGCAUGUAGGAACAAAAUGAUCUUCUUCCCAAAUGUCUGGAAAUAAUGGAGAAGAAAAAGCAGCCGUACAGUUUUCCACUCUUCUCUCUUUUCUUUCGUCUUUUCAAUCUCGCGGCUUGUAAAAUGAGCCUCGUUUCUCUGCCGCUGUGUGCUAGGAAUAUAUAUUAGCUCAAUAAAACGUAAAACUGCUUUCCCCAGACCGUAUAGCCUUCAGACAGUAUCUUAUAAAUAUUCAAUGUCUCACAGCCAUUGUAGAAUUUUUUGCUGAAGGCAGCUCAAUUGCAAAAGACCAAGACUCCGUGUGAUUCUGACCAUUAUUCAUCUCAUUUGUGUCCUCUAACUUUUGUUUAGCUCAAUGCUAUUCGCGGCUGAAAAUAUAUGCCCCCCCCCUUUGAUGCAACUGAGGUGUCACUUAUAGGAUAAGAAAGAGUCACCCAAAGCAUUAAACUCCAGAUGUUUGUUUUAUUGGCCUCUUGAGUCCCUUUAAUGACAACACUGCAACAGAAAGAGGCGGGCGGAUCUUCACGGCUUCAUUAGUUCCACUCGGUGGUCCAGGUUUGCAUGGGGGGGGGUUUGAAAUGAAGACGUCCAAAUUGACCAGUUAAUUAGUCCCUGAAAAGGAUUGCUGAUGAUGAUGGGGGGGUGGGGGUGGGGGAUGAGCCCUGGGGGAGCAGUCUGCCGGCAACCAUGAAGGAGUUUAGGAUUGUUGGUGGGAGGAGCUGAUGCAGUGAAAUGUGGAGGACAUUCUGCUGAUGGUUCUCAGCUUUUUUUGGUGAUUCUUUUGGCAUUUAAAGCCGUAGUCUCAACUGUCCUCGCGGGGGGGUCCGGGCCGUUUCAACUGUCCUCGCGGGGGGGUCCGGGCCGUCUCAACUGUCCUUGCGGGGGGGUCCGGGCCACACAGGUGCUGCAGCCUGACUGUUAGAAAUGAGGAGAGUAGACAAUCACAGAGUAGUUUGUGUGGACGUCCUACGGGCACUAGCGUGUCGUGUGCACACCCCCGUGUGUGCAGCAUUCGUGGUACAUUCCAUGAGGGGCCUGUACUCACACCUUACUAAGGACAAGAGAGCGGCGUUAGCAUGGCGUACGACAGCAUCACCUGUGCGUGUAACUUCCAUUAUCCUUCUUCACAAUACACCUACCACAAUCACGACAAAGGUCCACCUGUAAACGUCACCUGCAACAUUUUUAUCAACAGUUUUGGAUCCAUCGCUGAAACCACCAUGGACUACAGAGUGAACAUCUUCCUGAGGCAGCAGUGGAACGACCCCCGCCUGGCCUACAGCGAGUAUCCCGACGACUCGCUGGAUCUGGACCCGUCCAUGUUGGACUCCAUCUGGAAGCCGGAUCUGUUCUUUGCUAAUGAGAAGGGCGCCAACUUCCACGAGGUCACCACGGACAACAAGCUGCUGCGCAUCUCCAAAAAUGGCAACGUGCUGUACAGCAUACGAAUCACUCUGAUCCUGGCCUGCCCCAUGGAUCUGAAGAACUUCCCCAUGGAUGUGCAGACCUGCAUCAUGCAGCUGGAGAGCUUCGGCUACACCAUGAACGACCUCAUCUUCGAGUGGGACGAGAAGGGCGCCGUGCAGGUGGCGGACGGCCUGACGCUGCCUCAGUUCAUCCUGAAGGAGGAGAAGGACCUGCGCUACUGCACCAAGCACUACAACACAGGUAAAUUCACCUGCAUCGAGGCUCGCUUCCACCUGGAGCGACAGAUGGGCUACUACCUGAUCCAGAUGUACAUCCCCUCGCUGCUCAUCGUCAUCCUAUCCUGGGUCUCCUUCUGGAUCAACAUGGACGCCGCGCCGGCCCGGGUGGGUCUGGGCAUCACCACCGUGCUGACCAUGACCACGCAGAGCUCCGGCUCCAGAGCCUCGCUGCCCAAGGUGUCCUACGUAAAGGCCAUCGACAUCUGGAUGGCCGUCUGCCUGCUCUUUGUCUUCUCUGCCUUGCUGGAGUACGCCGCCGUCAACUUCAUCGCCCGCCAACACAAGGAGCUGCUGCGCUUCAGACGGAGGCGACGACACAUGAAGGAGGACGAGACGGGCGACGGGCGCUUUGGCUUCCCCGGGUACGGCAUGGGCCCCGCCUGCCUGCAGGCCAAGGACGGCAUGGCCAUCAAGGGCAACAACAACAACGCCCCCACCUCUGCGGCGCCCGAGAAGAGCAUCGAGGAGAUGAAGAAGCUGUUCAUCGGUCGGGCCAAGCGCAUCGACACGGUGUCCCGCGUGGCCUUCCCGCUCGUCUUCCUCAUUUUUAACAUUUUCUACUGGAUCACGUACAAGAUCAUCCGCAGCGAGGACGUCCAUAAGCAGUAGCCGAGGAGGUGACUGAAGUCAGACAACUUUGCUCUUUUUUUCCCACUUUCCCCCUUUUUUCAGCCUCUUCCUGGUUCGGUUGCAUUUUGCAUCCCUCUGAACCGAGAGCGGUCAUCAGAGGCGUCUCCCCCCUGAAUCCCCCGCCCCCCGUCUCCUCUUCACGCCCUCUGAAUAAUGCGGACCGGUGCAAUAGCAAUGCAGUAAAAUGCAUGAAAUAUGAAUGUGGCAAUAUAUUAAAGAAAAGAAGAAAAAACCCCAAAAACUGUUUGGGAGUGAAGGAACUGCAGCAGAGAGGAGGAAGCUGAGAGGAUCUUGUAUUUAAUUGGAGUUUUUGUGUGAAGACAGAUAUAUAUAUAUAUAAUUCUAUAUGGAAACAAUGGGAACGGGUGGGGGUGGGGGGUGCAAGAGGCUGUGUAUCAUACUCAUAUCUAUUAUAAUUUAAAAGAACAGGAACUCUGUGUCUACCGGAUGGCAUCUGAGCGAACAGACAGGAAGAAAGGCGGAUAAGUGCUUCUAUAACAAAGGUAUGCAAGGAUCCCGCCUUCCCUAUAUAUAGAUUUGCUUCAAACGUGUAUUGCAAGCACUCGCCAGAGCUUUACUGCCCUCCCGCUGCCAACGCCACAGAAACUGCAGUCGGUCCAGGUUCCGCCGCAGACAGAACCGGAAGGACAGAAAAAAGAAAAAACCUCUGGACUGACGGAAACCUGCGAUCAGCAGUCCUUACGUACUUUCGUAUCGCAUCAACCGUUGGGUUUGGAUUCUGCUUUUGUACCUCUUUGUUUGUGCCAAACGAACAUGCGGCGGUGCGGCGCCCCCAUAACCCUUCUCUGGAGGAACGCCUCGAUGUCAAAAGCGGAUUUGUUCUCUUGUUUUUGUUUUUUUUCUAGAGCGGACGUUCGUCCUGUUCAGAGCUGUGAAAACGGGUUUGCUCCUCUUCUGGUGUUUCGUUCUUCUGCACGCAGUUCCCAGAAAACCUGAGUACAAACGUUUGCUUCGGGGGGAAAAGAGCUGCCCAAACCUGCCUGGACCUUCCUUCCAACAGACCCACAGCAUCACACUCCCACCUCCAUGUCUGACUCUGAAAGUGUAGCUUUGAAUCCAGAUGUUUUCUUUUUUCCAGACGGUGUGUCUGAUCAGAAGAGGUUUAACCUCCAGAUGUUGCCUGUCUCCAUGGAUCCAUGUUGGUCCAGAAGUCUCCUCCUUGUUUUGCUGUCAUAACGUUGUUCUGGAUUUUGCUGUGUGGAUCUGUUUCUGCUGAGGUUCAAAAUGAUUCUUUUUUUUACGGUGGAGGGGGGGCAUUCUGUACAAUCAGCUGGCAGAGAUGGACACCUACAGAAGUAAAUGUACUCAGGUUUUCUUUAGGUUGAGUUUAGAAUGAGGGGCUAAGGCUUCUUCGCAGCACUGGAUGAAGUUUAAGAAGAAAAAAAAAGCAGUUUCUCUUGUUUUUGGAAACAUUGACAUGUUUACACCUUCGUAGUGCUUCCUUGCUUUGAUCCCACCUAAAUGUGAGAAGUUUAGCCCCGCCCACUUCCUACCUAAACUCCAGAUUAUAAUGCUGUUGUGUGUUCAUGUCCUUCACAAAGCCUCAUGAAGCUUCACCGUGGCCCACGCAGAAGAACAGAAGAAUUUGGGUUCUUUUUGGGGGGGUUCUGUGGGUCGGGCCGGCUGGUACCUUUGAAUGCGGAUCUGCUUUGCACCAGGCUUCUAUGCAAUGACCCGAAUAUGCAAUCGUGGUUUUGGGUUCGUCUUCGUAGCUCUUCCAUUUCAGGCAGCUGCUAGCAUCUCCGAGAAAGUUCCUGAACGUUUUUCACAGUUGUUGUGAUGUUUGCCGUCAGCGGAAGACCUCAGCAGAAGACUGCAUGAAGAUUUAAAGAUAGAAUCUGCUCAGAGCAGAAAAAGGCUAAAACAGAGCUACAACACGCGUGAACUCAAAGUUCAGACGUUUCUCUUCAUUUUCAAUUGACAGAUCAAUAUUAUGUAAUGGGAUGUUAUUGGUGGGAUUUGACCUUCACCUGCAUCUUUGCACCUGAGUCUCAUUCUGUGCUGUGAGACGAACCUAAAUGACAUUUAGGACUAAACUCAAAUGCAUUCUUUUCGUAACGACUUGCAUUAUUAGCAUUGAUCCGAUUCCAGUUUGAAAUCAAACUGCUCAUGCACUUUUCUUUCACAUGCACUCAUCAAAAAUAUUUCCAAAUUUUAAAAAAAAAUGUAAAAGCAAAGAAAAUGUAAUUUUCUAGAGCUCUACUCUGAUGAGAUUAACUUAAAAAAGUAGUUUGCACCACAAAUAUGUGUUUGCUGACCAUAAAGUCUGUUUUAAACAGAAAAAUCCGCCAAAUUUGGCCUCAGCCUUAAAAUGCUUUUUUUCUGGAAUAUUAAGUUUCAAAUUUGGAUUUACAGAAAAAACUAAAGCAGAAACAAAAUAACCUCCAGGAUUUACUACUGAGAGACUCGGGAGAUGUUUCCCAGCACCUUCACACUUAUUCUAAGAUAAAGUCAAUUCUGUGGGAUUAACUCACUAGAAUGCUAAAUGCUAGCAUCUCCUGUUAUCUAAUAAGGAAUUUUAAGCUACGUUCACACCUAACGCCAUCUGCGCAGCGAUCAGAGGUCCUGCACCACAUUUUGACCGUCAGGCGAGGCGGAAUUCUAGGAUGUUCUGCCAUGUUUCCAGAGUUUAAACAUCCAGAACGAGUUGCGUCAACCAAUCAGGGACUCGGCUUUGGUAUUCAUGAUGCGUUCAGUGGGUGGAGAAUGUGACUGCUGUCUAAACAGAGGCGUGAGAAUCACGUUGGGUGUGAACGCAGCCGUAUCCAGAUUGGGAUUCCAGCACUUUGUGUUUGCAAACAUUUCAAACUAUCAAACAUUCAAGUUCAGUCAUUUCCAAGCAGAAAGGUGCUAGCUGCUACAACCCCUCCUGGAAAUAUUGUGCUUUGAGUUUGGAAAAGACGUCCACAUUGGUGAUCUCAUGAAUGAAGAGAAGUUAUUGCUUAUUCUAGAUUAUAUUGCUGGUUAAAAAAAGAUAAAGCUGCAAGUUUUCGCACGGUAAAUGUCUCAAAACAUUAGCAGAAAGGCUUUUUCUUGCUCUUCUGUUGUAUUUGAUUCCACUGUUGUUCAGAAUCCCGUUGUGUUUGUCGAUGUAUUUUUAUUUUAAUGAACACAUUGUGGACCACUGAUGUGGUUCACAACAUCUGUGACAGCCUGCAGGACCAGCUAACUUCUCUGUUGCAUUUUGACUUUUUGAUUCAUAAAAUUAUUAUUUUAUUAUUCUCAUUUAAGGAAAAGGAUUUAUCAGAUCAUCAAACGUAAAGCUCUGCUAAUUUAUACAAUUUAUCUGUGUUGAUUUUGUGCCAAAUAUAAAUCCAGAGGGAAGUUGGAGUUCUGCUACUUUGAGACGUUUUGUUUUUGUGUGACCGCAUUACUAAAACCUCUUUGUUUCUACAAGUAAACAGUUUAUCGGAAUUAGAUUUUUUCAUUUCUACGAUGAAUCACUUUGUUUGCUUUGGGGGUGAGUAAAGAUGAUCCGAAGGGCUAAGCCGAACACACCCCAGUCUGAAUACUCCAGCAUGAGAUUAUUGGGGAGUCAAAGUGCCAGAAAAUCCACAACCUCAGAUUGAUCAAACUCAUCCAGAUGCUUCUCUUCAUUGGAGAUUUGUUAAUUCUUUAUUUAAAACAAAAAGGGUGAAUAGCUAAUUAUGAAUCUAUUUAAUUAGAUACCUCCAAAAAAUAUGUGACUUAUUAUUGAUGUUUGGGAUAAAAUUUAAAAAAAAACUGUUGUUUUUUUCAAGAAAAUACCCUCUAAAAUAGAGCUUACUGAACCCAAAACAUCUGAAAAAAGGAAUUUGUGUUUCAUCUUCAAACUUAUAAAACCAUUGAAUAUUGUUUGAAAACAAACUUAGAGUUUUAUAAUUAUAACUUUGGCUGAUGCUAAAAUGAACUUUCUCAACUUGCAUCUCAGGUCUAGUUUUACCUCCUGAGUGGAAAAUCCAAACCGAAGGAAUUCCAGCGGAAAGUUUCACAUAGGAUUCAGUUUGACUUACAGUAAACUGCACUAGUUUGAUAUCAGAUCAUUGAAGAAACUAUUUACAUCCCCAAAUAGGCCCUGGCUCAUUUAUUUUUGUAGGUAAAGCCCGCCUACCAAAGACAAAAACGGUCCAAAACCAGCUGAUCAAACAGUAGCACACAUGAUUUCCUUUAAUGUGUUAAAGUCUGACAGUAGUUAUUUAUGGACCAAAGAAUCAAACAUUUUCAAAAAGAAGCUUAAAAUGUUCAAAUACAUAAAUAGCAUGUGUGUAGCAUAUAGGCAGAGCGGCUGUUGGCGAUGAAAACACCGUCUUUGAAGGGUUCUGUUGGACCACAUUAGUCCCUCUGUUUGUUUUCAUGAAGGCGGGCAUUGCUGAUCGUCAUUUAGCUGAAAUGCUAUUAAAGAAAACAUCUCAGACUGAGCAACCAUCAAGCUAGUUUUAGACAUCAACACUUUCUGCUUAAAGCGCCGGAGCUUUAGCUCCAACGUUGACGUUUUUUGAAUCAUUGUGACUCGUUGACCGUUUACGCAAGUGAAGGAAUUCCAGCAGAAUUAGAUGUGAGAGUAGCAGCUUUGAAAUUAUAUGCAACACUUUACUAGCAUAAAGUAGUCAAGUACUGUAAAGUGUUGCUAAGAUGCUUUUCUUCCACACCGGAAUCUGUUGGAAUAACGUUAAUUGCGUAAACGGUUGAAGAGUUACAGUCACUCAAAGAUUGUGUCUUAUCGCCGGUAUCAGCUCUGGUAUUAAAGGGUUAAAUGUUAACAUUGGUCCCAAAAAAGUCCCAAAAUAUUUUCUUUUUUCUAAAUUACUUGUACAGCUCGAUGUAGAAAAAUCUGGAUGAUAAAUUCUGAGAUUGGUUGCUAUAGAUGGAUGUUUACAGAACUCUAAACACAAAUUUUUUUAAAUCUACAGGCAGCUUACUGGAGCCAAAGAGUGUAGCAGCUGAAGCCCUUUCUCAAAAAUUAACGAGGGAUUGCAAACCUUGAAAAAAAUACUUUUCUAUGUUGAAUUCAAAAUAGGAACUACUGAUUGUUUGUUAAAAAAAAACAAAAAAAAAUAAAAGAAUUGAUUCUGUUUUCUGUUAAAAAACAAAACCUGAACAAAGUUUUCUGUGGAGAUGACCGUUUUCUUCUUUGUGUGCCAUAAACGCUGCAACUGGAAGCACUUCCAUAAGCCGACGUCCGUUCUCUCGUGCCAUAUGGGGUUGAAUAUGCAACUACAGACAAGGACCUACAAGCAUAUCAUGCAUCUCUUCAACCGCCAUCUUUCAUGAGCCUUUUCCCUGCUGUGGAUCUCCUGUGAACCGUAGUCUCGCUGUGUCAUUGACCUCAUUCCAUUCAUCCUUGAGGAUGUUGUUUGGGUUCGGGAGGACUUCACAUUAUGAAACCGGGUUAAUAUUUCAUCACACUUUGAUGUGAUGUGGCUAGUUUGAAACAUAAGGGAGGAGUUUGUGAAAGUUCUGAACUGGGUUUAAAAAAAAAAGCAUGGCUUGAUUUCUUGGUGAUUGGUUCCACUGGUUUUAAGUGGAGUUUGUACACUUCACUUAUAUUUUAUUGUAAUAACUGUACAAGCCUAUACCACAAGGGACGAAGGAAAAAAAAUACAGUGACCCCUGAACUGCUGUGAACUAAAGGAAAUAUUAUUUAUUGAUUGAAUUUUAUUUGCACAAGUUGGAAUGGCCUUAAUUUAGCUUUACUUGCUUCUGUUGUGUAUUGGCACAAAGUGCACCUGUUUAAUUUGCAAAAUUGAAAAAUGCUACUUAUGAUGCUUAUAAUCUGAGUGUGCACAUCAAAGCAGGAUGAAAAAAAAAGAAUCAGCAAAUCCUUUUUAUUUUUCAUUAAUCUGAGAAGUGAUAUUUUGCAUGAGCAUAAGUAAAAAGGCAGAUAUUUUGGCUUGUACAAAAAUGUGAAGCAAUUUGAAGAGAAAAAUAAGAAUGUACCGUUUCUGCUGUAUCUGUAUAUAUCUAAAUAUUUAUUGAAAUAUGUCAUACUACUAAUUCUAUAAACGAUUAAAAGUUUUCUCAAAAAAAAAAAAAACUCAACCUGUUUUUGAACAUUGUCAAGGUUGUUGAAGUUGGAGCUUCUGUUUUCUGUUAUUCAACUCAAGGAUCUGUGUAACCAUUCAUGAAAAAGUAUUAAAAAUAGCAAAUAAAUGAAAA